GCGUAUGUGAGGGGCAUCUGCGACCGCUACUAUCUUUUUCCCCUGCUUAUCGAGCUUCCGGUACUGGUAUUCUUUGUUUUCUUCUUCUUUGGCCAGCAGCUGACCGGCGGCUGCUUCGCGCCGUCCUUCUGGCUCGACAAACUCUGCAUCCACCAGACGAAGCAUGAUCUCAAGGCGCAGCAGGUGGCCGCGCUGCCGGUGUUCGUCGCCAGGUCUUCAAGGAUGCUCGUUCUCUGGGACGACACCUACUUCGAGAGGCUAUGGUGCAACAUGGAGAUGGCCACAUUCGCAAAGUACUCGGCCAGCCCAGAAAAGAUGGAAUUCCUGCCGCUGUGGCUUGCUCCGUGGAUGCUGUCUUCUGUUCUGCUGGACCUGCUGGGGGUCACCCUUGUCUGCUGCAUGCAGAGAUCCGCAAGCGGUGAAGGAUACGAAGAAAGCAUUGAGGCUAUCUCCAAGCAUGGCGCAGAGCUCCUCGGAGGUUCCCAGAGCGUGCGGACCUUCAUCCACAUGUUUUUGGAGGUCUUCCCCAGCUUCAUGUGCUACCUCCCAGUGGCUUUGCCCACUCUCCUAUCCUUCAAAAGGAAGAUACAAGGGCAUGAGCUGAUGCUUGAGCAGAUGGCAAGCUUCGACCUGAAGAACGCCAAGUGCUCCGUGGAAGCAGAUCGGCCACUGGUGGAGGAGCAAGUCGCCCUGCACUUCCAGCCGGAGAUUGACCACGAAGUCAUCGUCGCAGGCGCAGCUGGGGCGGCCGCCCCUGUCGAGGCUGAGGACUCGCAUGAAGAAGCACUAGAGCGGUUCAACAACUACGUGCAGGGCCCGCUGCGAGCGGCAUGCUUGGACAGCAUUGGUGACCAAAAGGAAGUACCGCUGCACCUUUGCUACAUCUGCUUCCUGCCGAUGUCCUUCUAUGCUGCUGUCAAUGUCACUCCCUUCGCCUAUGGCGACUGCACCAUGUCAUACUCGACCAUGGGCUUUGAUAGCCCGAAUCACUUGAUGGUCACCUUCGCCACCU